AUGGCUUGGUGCCCGUCCCUCCCUUCCCAAACCGAUUGUUUCCUAAGAUCCACCUUCCUCCCAUUGAGUACUCCUUCUGAGUUACAUGUAAGUCGCCCGCUGAAUUGUACAAGAUCCAGAAACAAGCGUCUUUCCAUAUCUUGUUCCCCUCCUAAAAUUGUUCGUGAUGUUUCACUAGACAAGCACGUUGUGAGACAAAAUAGGAUUCGGUUCGUUCAAAAGCUUAAAACGCUGCUGUUGUCCAAACCAAAACAUUACAUUCCGCUCCACAUUCUUUCUAAAUGCCGCUCCUAUCUUUCCCUCUCGAAACCUUGUUCAAUCCGCUCUAUGAUUUAUCGUUACCCUUCCAUUUUUGAAAUCUUUCGGAUGCCGACACCUCCUUUGCCCGAAAAUGCCACCAAGUCUUACUAUCAACUUUGUGUUCGUCUUACCCCGGCUGCUGAAGCCCUUGCUGCGCAGGAACUUCGUCUUCAGUCAGAAAUUUCCACCGAUUUAGCCAACAAACUGCAGAAGCUUCUCAUGCUUUCUUCUCAUCGCCGACUUGUCUUAUCAAAGCUGGUACAUCUUGCACCUGAUCUUGGGCUUCCUGCUAAUUUUCGAUCCCGCCUUUGCAAUGACCACCCUGAUAAAUUCAGGACUGUUGACACCUCGUACGGUCGCGCACUCGAGCUUGUAUCGUGGGACGAACAACUGGCUAUUCCUUUGUCUGUUCCCAAAGUUUCUCGUGACUUGAUAGUGGACAGGCCUUUGAAAUUCAAGCAGUUGAGGCUUCGAAAGGGCCUGAAUUUGAAGAGACGUCACCAAGAUUUCCUGAUCAAGUUGGGAGAGUUGCCUGAUGUGUGUCCUUACAGCACAUGUUUAGAAGAAUUUGCUAAGGAGUCCAUUGAGGCUGAGAAAAGAGCUUGUGCGGUGGUAAGAGAGGUGUUGGCCAUGACGGUUGAAAAGAGGACUUUAAUCGACCACUUGACACAUUUCAGGAAGGAAUUCGGGCUGUCCAACAAGUUGAGAGGGAUGAUUAUAAGGCACCCAGAGUUAUUUUAUGUGAGCGUGAAGGGCUUAAGGGAUUCUGUGUUCUUGGUUGAGGGCUUUGAUGAGAAGGGUAAACUUCUACAAAACGAUCGAACUUCAGUCAUAAAGAAUCAGUUGAUGAAGUUGGUCAGUGACGCAAAGAGGAUGAGACGAGAAAGGAGACAGCGUGGUAAGUAUGGCAAUGAUGAUACUGUAGACUCUAAUGAUGUUGAUGAGAACGAUGAAUUGCUGGACACUUUUGAUGACUAUGACGAUGGUUUUGAGAAUGUGUUCGAGUCUGAAGAUUCAGGUCUUGAUUAUGACUUUAUUGACAACGAUGAUGGAUACAAUGAGUUCGAGGGUCAUGUUAAGAAUGGAGAGCUUUGGACUGCAGAUGCUUCCUCUGAUGGUACCAGCGAGAGGGGAGGAUCGAGGGAACCUUGGUAG